UCACCAGCUCCACAAGCUGCACCAGUAGCUGCUGUCACCGCUGGAGUUACAUUGCAACCUGAUGCAAUUGCUGAAGCGCAAGCAAAAGCGCAAGCAGCGUUGGCUCAAUAUCUGGCUCAGAGCAAGAACCUGAUGCAUCAGCAGCAACAGAAGAAAGAAGAGAAAAAAGAUAACACUCGUCCGAUUAGCAGUACUCCUGUUAGUGGAACUGCUUGGUGUGUAGUGUGGACUGGGGAUGGAAAGGUGUUCUUUUACAAUCCAUCUACAAAGACGUCUGUUUGGGAGAGACCACCAGAAAUGUACGGAAGAGCUGAUGUUGACGUGCUUGUCAGCAAAUGCCCUGAGGUCAAGAAGGAUGAACCAGAACAUCCGAAUCCUGAAGCUGAAUCUGAUGGUUCUGAUGAUGAAGAAACAGAAGAUGGUGGACCACCGAAAAAGAAGAGCCGUUCUGAAAGGAAGAAAGAAGCACUAUUGGCGCAACAGAAAAAGGAUAAGGAUAAACCUGUUCGCCAAAUGCUGGAGAAACCAGUCGACCCCGCUGUACAAGCUGAACUGCAGGCGCAGCGCGACCGUGAAAAG